AUAACAUAAAUCGUCUCUCUCACAUUUUCGCCAGUACCUUUUUUUCUCUCUCUUGGUUUCCCUCUUAAUUUUCUUCUUCUUCCAAACAAAACCCUAGAAUUUUUUUUUGAAAAAAAAUCUGUAUCUAUAUUCUAUACACACAAUUAAUCAGUAGAAGAUGCAGUAUCAGCAGAGGUUGAAGCAACAGCAAGCAUUGAUGCAACAAUCUCUUUAUCAUCCUGGCCUUUUGGCCCCUCCCCAGAUAGAGCCUAUCUUGAGUGGUAACUUGCCUCCUGGGUUUGAUCCAAGUACAUGCCGCAGUGUUUAUGUUGGGAACAUCCACUCUCAAGUUACAGAACCUCUUCUGCAAGAGGUUUUCUCCAGCACUGGUCCCCUUGAAAGCUGCAAGCUCAUACGAAAGGAGAAGUCAUCGUAUGGCUUUGUGGACUACUUUGAUCGGAGAUCAGCUGCCCUUGCUAUUGUUUCUCUUAACGGCAGGCACUUGUUUGGGCAACCUAUCAAAGUUAAUUGGGCAUAUGCCAGUACUCAGAGGGCAGACACAUCAGGCCACUUUAACAUUUUUGUUGGUGAUCUUAGCCCUGAAAUUACAGAUGCCACUCUUUUCGCUUGUUUCUCUGUAUAUAGUAGUUGCUCAGAUGCUAGAGUUAUGUGGGAUCAGAAAACUGGGCGUUCAAGAGGAUUUGGAUUUGUUUCUUUCCAGAAUCAACAGGAUGCUCAAAAUGCAAUCAAUGAAUUGAAUGGGAAGUGGCUUGGAAGCAGGCAAAUUCGGUGCAACUGGGCAGCAAAGGGUGCAGGAGCUGAUGACAAACAGAACUCAGAUGUCAAGAGUGUUGUUGAAUUAACAAGUGGAACAUCAGAAGAUGGUCAAGAGAAGAUUAACGAUGAUGCUCCAGAGAAUAAUCCUCAGUAUACGACUGUAUAUGUUGGCAAUCUUGGUCCCGAGGUUACUUCAGUUGAUCUCCACAGGCAUUUCCAUGCAUUUAAUGCCGGAGUUAUUGAAGAUGUUCGUGUUCAACGAGACAAAGGGUUUGGUUUUGUGAGAUACAGUAACCAUUCUGAAGCAGCUCGUGCUAUUCAGAUGGGUAAUGCCAGGAUUCUCUAUGGCAAACCAAUAAAGUGCUCAUGGGGUAGUAAGCCAACACCCCCAGGGACUAGCUCUACUCCUCUACCCCCUCCUAGUGCGGCAGUUCUUCCUGGAUUUUCAGCAGCUGAUCUUGUUGCAUAUGAAAGGCAGCUUGCUUUGGCCAAAAUAGGUGGUGCACAAGCGCUGAUGCAGCAACAGGUUCAGCGGAUGGGUGCCGCUAAUCCGGCAAUGUACGAUGGUGGAUACCCGAGUAUUGCCUCAACCCAGCCACCAAUGUACUUCCAGUAAUAGUAGUCAAGGAGCUCACUUAAUUGUCAGAGAGAUGUUAAGUUAAGAAGUUAUGUAGGAUGAGUUCUUAUAAUUGAAUCUCUAUUUACCCUAAAAUUUGAAUGCCCCAUCCCCAUCUUAUGCACGCUUGCAUAAAUUAUAGCUUUGUGUUCUCGGUUGGGGAUGAUGGACUUGGUCAGCUCAAAUCAACCAUGUCAGUGCAGAUUGGCCACUAAAUACUGAUGAACAUGGUCUAAGGUAUUACGUUGUAGCAUGUGUUAACGUAUUCCCUUGUCGCUGCUCGAUGGUUUGGGUCUCAACUUCUUUUGUUUUGCGACUUCCUUUUCUACUGGCUCUGUGCAUUGCUCAAAUGUUUUUAAGUAAAUAUUUUUAUUAGAUUGA